UGAACAUGGCCCAUAAAGAGAAAAACCCUAUGCGUGUUUGGAGUCACACCAUUUCAUUCAUUUGUUGCUAUAUGCCGAAACGCCAAGUGUAGCCUAUAGACUUUCCAUGUAUGUUAAUAAAUAACGUAAAGGUCAAUCUCAACUGUCCCGUUUUCAUCGCAUUGGUCAAAUCUAGUCUACGUCGUGUGCGCUUUUAGUCUGUCCUGAUUACUUCAGCUGCUCCACUUCGUAUUCGGUUUCUGUUCGCGUGCCGUGUAUACUUGGUGUCAAUGUAACCUACUGUAUGUAGAGGAAACAUCGCCAUUGUAACGUUAUUCAUUUUCUCUCGACUGGAACAACGAUACUGCUUUGUUAUGCUUUUUGGAUUUGCCUAAUUUUCAUAGGGUGGUUUUAAGGACUACAGAGAUUGUAACAUAUGAAAUAAGACCGACGCAAAGAGGAUGUGGCCCAGAAACCAGGUCGAUGAAGUAUUGGCGCUAUCAUGAAAGGAAAUGGUAUGGACCUUUUAUGGAGAAUCUUAGCGGCUCUGAGCUUCGAUUGUUUUAAGGAUUCGGCGUCUUCACAGAGGUCUCCAGGCAAGCUGAGCUCCAGCCAGGCAGGUAGUCUGGAAAGCAGCUCCCUGACUGGCUCUCUCUCCCUGGGGCCAGACCUGCCUCACUGCCAGUGCUGCAUCUCCUACGAAGCCCGCCUGAAACGCCUGUCCUGCGGCCACCUUUACUGUGACCCCUGCACAGACCAGAUCGUUAACCUGGCCUUCGAGGACAUCGAGGGCCUCUCUGAUUACCCCUGCCCCAUGUGCAAGUCCCUCCGCCAGCUAGGGGACCUGGGCCCCCCUUCUUAUGGGUACCUGGGGACCCCUUCUUUUGGGCCAUGUGGGACCCUGCAGCAGCAGGUGGCUAAAGAGCAUGGGAGCAGGUGGGGGUAAAACUGAGGCAGUUUAUACUGUACAUCAAGGGGUGUGGUUAAAAAAAUGCAUGUUGUCCCCUCUCAAGAUGAAAUACUGUAGGAACCAUUUUGUCUUUUCAGUUAUGUCUUUAGUGUUUUGAUUUUAAUAUUUUAAUGCACUGCCUUACACUGAGAUUGUGAUCUGGUAACGUGUGAUGGAUAGUGGCUCUGUGUUUCUUCUUUGUGUAAUAUGGAGGUGGAAGUGCAUAACAUUACAGAUAAUGUCCAUUGGUGUGCCAUAACUUACUGUAAGUGGAUAUUGCAGGGUGAUUAAGCCAGAGCUAAGAUAAGUAUUAGAUGUUUGUGUCAGACAGUUCUUUACAUUUAUGUGUACUGAUUAUUAUUAGUAGACAUUUGCACCUUAUUUUAAAAAUAUUUAUAUUUUGAGUGUACUUACUGCUUAUGCAUUUUAAUUUAACUUAAUUGUACAGUGCCAUGCUACUUUUAAAGUGUUCAAUAUCAUAUUGUAAAUAUUUAUUUUGCUAAAAAAUAAAGUUUGUGAAUUGUAUUA